AUGUUCCCUGUCGCUAAACUAUGGUCUAUUUUAGUGCGCCAACUGUCUAAACCCGCAGGAAACUAUCUUAAGAAACGUGCAGCCAAGAGUGAGAAGUUUCGCAAUAUUUGCAUUUACUUUGGUAAUAGGGCAUAUGCAUUUGACCGUUACGUAAAUAGGCGAUUUUAUCGGGAGAGUGGACAAGUAACCGAUUCUCCUGAGCCCAUCCCUAAGAUAACAAUUGAAAGGUCUGUAAAUAUAGGAACAGAGAUUAUUGGUGAAUUUAUCGUAUUCCUAACGGCUGCAAUAGUUAUAACAGCUGAAUAUACUAGGAGUAGCAUUAAGGAAUCUAAGAAGGAAUUGAGGCUUAGGGAGGAGUUAGCACAAAUUAAGAAACGACUGGACGAUAUACAACAAGUUUCAACGGUAGAAGAAAUAGAUUAUACGCCAAGUCAAAACAUAACCAAUAAAUUGCAAAAUGUCGGCAGUAUCGUCAAAAAUUGCAUUGCAUUUGCAUAUGAGAAAUCUUAUGUCGUUUAUGAAUACAUCAAAGAAGUAUUCUAUUAG